GAUGGCUCAGCGACCCACAGGAGAGAGCAGGCUUGGACUGGGCUGCCUGGCUGGUCCAGCAUUGUCCAGCUGAUGAGGAUGGACUAUGCCAUGAAGUCCCUCAGCCUUCUUUACCCCAAGUCCCUCUUCAGGUGUACUGCAGUGAGGGCCUCGGUGGUGGCCCAGCAGCUAUUGUCUGAGCCCAGCCCGAAGGCCCCCAGGACCCGGCCCUGCAGAGUAAGCACUGCUGACCGGAGUGUGCGGAAGGGCGUCAUGGCGCACAGUCUCGAGGACCUCCUUCACAAGGUUCGGGACACCCUGAGGCUGGCAGACAAACCCUUCUUCCUGGUGCUGGAGGAAGAUGGCACAACUGUAGAGACGGAAGACUAUUUCCAAGCCCUGGCAGACAACACAGUGUUCAUGGUCCUCCAGGAGGGGCAGAAAUGGCAACCCCCAUCAGAGCAGGGCACUAGGUGCCAACUCUGUCUCUUGCAUAAGCCUGCCAAGAAGAUUGAUGUGGCCUGCAUAACCUUCGACCUGUACAAGAUGAACCCACAAGACUUGAUUGGUUGCCUGAACGUGAAGGCAACUCUCUAUGGCACAUACUCCCUGUCCUAUGAUCUGCACUGCUACAGGGCCAAGCACAUGCUGAAGAAAGCUCUUCGCUGGGCCCUCUUCAGCAUGCAGGCCACAGGCCAUGUGUUGCUUGGUACCUCCUGUUACAUGCAGCAGCUCCUGGAUGCCCCAGCGGGAGGGCAGCCCCCCAAGGACAAGGCCCCACCCCUCACCCCAUCCUGUCUGAAGAUACUGCAACGAAGGCCCAAGUCCUUGGAGGUCUUCCCCAGCCAAGUCUAGACUGGGGACCCCGUGCUCAGCUGGUAGCACGCUCAAGCCAGCAGCUAGAGAGCAUCUUACCUCGUCACACCUCCCUCACCUUCCUCAUGAAUGAGGAAGCAGGGGGAAGCAAAGGGGAACUGAGGGUUCUUGGCCUGGCCCAGCUCCUUUCUGCCCAAGGGAGCUUAGCUGACCAAGACUGGUCACCAGCAGGCUAGGCACGCGGUCUGCCCCUCAGCUACCUGUCUUCACAUGCUACACCUGCAUCACACUCCCUACCUCCUGGCCCCCGCCCCGAAUACCCCUGAGUGAAUUGUCAAGCCCACUAGUGUAUGUCAUUAGAGAGCUUGCGAUAAAUUAUUUAUG